AUGCCCGUAAUUCAGCAUGGCGAUCAAGAGAUCCACCUUUCUCACGAUGAGGAGGAGAAACUGAACAACUUCCAGGUAAUUACCACGUUUCCCGAAGAGAGUUUGCCUCAGAUCGUCAAACUUCUGCAAGAUCACGGCUGGCAGCUUGAACCGGCGCUGAGCCGCUACUUUGACGGCAAUUGGCAAGAAAACCUAAACCCUCCCCCAGUCGCUGCGCGCCCACACACUCCACCCAUUCCGCAGCGGCCUUCGAACCCUGUCACGCCGUUUAUGUUUGGCGACACUGCUUCGUUGGUGCCUCGCCUGCCGCUCGUCAAAAGGCUCCCCCUGGAUUUCAAAGAAAAGUUCCGCUACGCAGGUUUGGACAAGCGACCCGAAGAAUUCAGUACACAUCCAGCCCUUUUCCUGUUAGUGCUCCUCCCAAAAGUUCUUUUCAAGAUCGGUACCGGAAUCUUCACUCUACUCUGGAGCAUCAUCUCUUUUGGUUUCAGAACAGAGGGUGUGAAUACAAACCACAUCCACAGAGUUCCUGAAAGUCCUUCAGAAAAUGUGGGAUCAAUACAUGAGACACUGGAAUCGAUUUUCAACGGGAACACGGAGCUGUCAUCGCUCGUCAGCUCAAAGCCUUUUAAUGAAGUUUAUGACGAAUGCGAAAAAGAGUUUAAGUUCUUGUUGGUUGUCUGCCUUGGAGAUGUGGAGACGGACGAGGCUGGCGCUAGGGACGCUAAUUCGCGGCUCUUUCUUGAAUCAAUACUCAACGAUCCUUCUACUCUUCAAAUUCUCCGUGAGCAUUCGGAAAACCUGGUGAUCUACAUGCGCUUAGCCCAAGACAUGGAGAUGUGGAGUCUUACCAAACAGCUGAAACUCAGAUAUACACCCGAGUGCCUUCUCAUUGGUAACGUACUAAAUUCUAAAGACUCCGUAAACGGAGCUACGCGAAUGUCAGUCUUGAGUAGGCUGAAGGUUAGCACUCUAAGAAAAUUCCAGAACUCACUCAAAAUUAUUGUUGAGAGACAUAGCGCAGAACUUAUUGUUAGCAGAAGUGAGCAGGAGGAACUGAGGAUGGCUAGGGAAAUAAAGCAGAUGCAAGAUCAAGCCUAUCAAGAAUCCCUGAAGCAGGAUCAAGAAAAGGAGCAGAGACGUCAAGCGGCUGAAGAAGAGGCAAAACUCAAGCGCGAAGCUGAAUUAAUAAAGGAAAUGGAGUUUAAAACUACUCAAACCAUUCAAAAGCUUCGUAUUUUGAGCUUUUGUCUGGAGCAUUUAGAGUCCUUGACUUCCUCUAAUAUAACGCAGGAAAAACACGCUACUCUUCAAAUCCGAACUCCAAAUGGAAGGCGUUUUGUGAAGAAGUUCACCGGCGUUAGCACGCUUGAGUACAUAUACAGGGUUGCGAAGUGCUUUCUCUUCUUGGAUCUCGAAAGUUUCAACAAGGACCAUGUUUUACAAUGCAUGGCUACAAAGGUAAAGGAAAUGGCACAAGACGAGGAUGUCCUUUGCUUCAAAGACGAGCGUAAUAUCGAAGACUUGCGUAUUGAUAGCCAGCCUGAAGAAUUGUCUCAAAUACUGCAAAAUGAAUUGCCAAAAUGGAGUACGCCCGAUUGCGAAGUUGAGCUGGAUAUUGACUUUGAGCUAGUUACGCCAUUCCCCAGGUUCAAGCUCCCUAAUGAUAAAGACGUUUUGAUCAAAGACACCUCACAAAUUUGGCCCAACGGUAGUAUUUUGGUAGAGUAUUUAGAGGAUGCUGAAUACGAAAGUGAAUAA